UGGGAUUGCAGACUAUCCCAGUCGCUUGCAGGGCUCUGCUGAGCUGGACUGUGGCUCUGAGCAGGAUGACGACUCCUCCACCCAGGUGUUGUUUUCACAGCCCUAUUACAAGCCCUGCACAAUUUGUAAUAUGCUGUGUCCGGGUGAUGUCUAAUGUCCUGAUUGAACAAACUGCAGCCAGGAAAGCGUUUGUGCAUGGCAGGCAGCUUCUGUGCUUCUUCCCCGCUGGGAAUCAUGCAGCUUAAUUCAAGAGCUUUUAAUUACAGGAACACUUUGAUCCUCAGAGGUGAAGCUGGGAAGUGGAUCCAGCGGAAGGGGGGGAUCUGAGGGGUUUCCAAGGUGGUUGGUGCAGGUAAUGUGUCCCUUCCUGGGAGGCCGUGAGUAGGAGCGACCGGUUCCUUGGAGCAGAAGGAAGUGAGGUGCAGCGGAAGCCGUGCAUGGGUGUGGGGCUGCGUGUGCUGCCUGCUUACUGUGGCCGAAUCACAGGCGGAGGCAGAAACCUCCCAGAAUUAUUUUGUGUCUUUUUUUUUUUUUUUUCCUCUUGUGUCGCUGCUCAGACUCAGCAGUUCUGAUUUGUGGCAGGUGGGAAUGGCUGCAGCAGCUGCAGGAACAAGUGUUCCUCUAUAUUGUGCGGGUUGUGCUACAGCUAGGGACAAGGAUGUCCCCUCCACCAAAGGGUCCUGGCAAGAUGCCUCUGGGGGUGGGGGCAAUAAAUAAUUUAAGAGUGGGGAUGGAAGGAGGUGAUAACGGGCAGGCAGUAAGCCCAAGCCCUAGCCAUGGCUCCCCCCCCUACUCCCCAGUACUACACUGGAAAGGCACUGGCAGUGAGAAACUAGCUGGGCUGGCACUGGGCCCUGGAUUUACAGUCUUUGUGGUCAAAGAAGAUCCAGCCCAAUGCCAUGGACUGUGUCAAGCCUGCAAAGGCUUUACACCUCUUUGCUCUGCAGGACAACUGCCAGACCCCAAAACCAAUGCAGUGGGGAUGGUGCUGGCCCCAUCUGUGGCAGGUGGCAUGUCCUGCUAUGAGGGAUCAUACCCUGCAGGAUCGCCAGUGAUUCCUCAGCUCCCUUGGUUGUCUGGGUCGGAGCCUUUCCACAGGCUAACCUCGGGCCCUCUGGAACGGGGACAUCUCCUUCUCCAUCCUAGACACCCCAUACUCUUCCUGCCUUGCCAUCAUUCCCAUCCUAGGCUUUGACAGACCCAAGCAACAGCAGGAUCCCCCGUGUGAAGCCCAUCCCUUGCUCUAGUCCCUUGGUGACCGAGCUGCCUUGGGACACUGAAUGGAUUCUCCUAGACCAUGUAGUCUUCACAGGGGGCUUCUGCUGAGGUGCCGCAGCAGCACCAAACCCAUUCCCAGGGGCGCAGCACCCCAUGUUGCCAGUGGCAAUGUCUGUCACCCAGCCGUGCUGUCUGGGGCCGUGCCUGGGAUGGGGACAGGGCACAUCCCAGAGUCAAGGUUACUGUGACAUCUUCCUUCUGGUGGCACCAUCAGAAGCCCUCGGGGAAUGAGUACGUAUCAGUUUCUGGAUGCUGGGGAACCCAGUUGUCCAGCGUUUUGCUGCAUUGGCCCUUUAAGAAUGCUGUCUCCCCUCUCCGGAGAAGGCAGUAGGUGGGACCCGGACAGUAUUCUGCACCAAUCGCGAGGUUCCUUGUUCUGUGUCUCCCUGACUGGCAGCAGGGUGGUCCCGCCCCGUGGCUCUUGGAAUGGGCAGGGAGGGGCUGCAGAGGGGAGGGAGGCCCCCUCGACGGCAGCAGCUCCACUGCCUGUCCUCACCCAGAACGAUGGUGUCCCUGUCACCGUCCACCGUGCUGGGCAUGGGUGCCCCCAGCCUCUCUCACCCAUUCCUCCAGGUCCCCUUGGUGCUCGGGUCAUGGGGAUGGGCAGGGACCAUGGACCCCGUCACAGGGUCUGUGUGCACCCAAGGGAGGUCAGGGUGGCAUUGAGUGCACUGAGGACAGGAGUCCAGGGCAUGACUGCACGAGGCUUCUGUGGGGAUGUGAACCAAGCUAACACCCGGCAGCUUGCUGCCAUCCUCUAGGACAGGGAGAGGGGGAAGUUACUGCUCCGCUCCCCCCUGGGGAGCCCUGCUUUUGCUCUUUGGGAGAUUGCUUGGCUGCAAAGCUGUGUCUGCCACAGGAUUUCAGUAUGUGUGUCUGCCAGGUGGGAGGCUCGGCCCUCUUUACCAAUCUGACACCCUGACCUGAUGUUGUGAUCUGGUGGUGGUCUGUUAGUGUGUUGGCUGGCUCUGUGCAUUUGCAGUGACUCGGGUACUGUGAAUGUUGAUCCCUUCAUUGUCCCAGGGUGAGGAAGGGCUGUACAGCCGGGUGUGUUCGGGGAGCAAUUGUGUUCCAGCUUUGAAUGGAUCACCCAUCUCUGCCUUCCCACCUUCUGCUUCCAACACCCACGGGGGGCUGGCAUGGGUGGGCAUCCCUGCCUCGGUGUGAAGUCUCCUGCCUGAUGGUGGUAUUGGUGGCAGUGAUGCCUCACUUACAGAGGCAAUCAUGGGGUGCAGGCAGUGGCCAAAGCAUUAGCUGGGAGGGGGGGAGAAAAGGGGUGGGAGAAGAGCCCCUGGCACCUCGGGGCUCUAACAAGUACCUUUUCAUCGGGCAUGAAAAGUCCUUUGGCCUGUGUUCAUGACAGCUGCCCUUUGUCUGUGGGCGUGAUGUGAAGCCACCAUUGUGGAAGGGGGAGCACACAGGGAGGGCUUGUACCUAGCUUCCAGGCUGGCAGGACGUGCAGUUUCCCUGCGAACGGGAAGCAAGCUGUCGGAGCAAGUGACUCAGGCUGGUGGAGGGGAGGCCGGGGGUGGCAGCCCCGCUGAUGCCGGCUCAGGUCCCCGCUUCCCGCACCUCCGGGGAGCCACUGCUGGCCGAGAGGGGAAGGAGCUCUCGGCCAAUUGGGCGCUGAUCUGAAGUGAGGGGGGGGAAAAUCUGCUUCUCCCCCCCCCCCCUUCCACCUCCGCGCUGGGGCUGUGAUUCAGUUCCCCUCCCCCAGCCCACCCCCUCUGCUCAGAGGCUGACAGCCGGAGCCGCAGCCUGCCGGAGCCCCGGAGCUGUUUUCCAAGCUGUGGAAGGGAGACCCAGGGAUUUUUUCACAGCUCCCCAGUGCCUGCUGCGUCCCAGGCCAGACGCGCACGGACAUGGAGAGCGCCAGCCUCCAGCGACCCGCCUGGAAAUGGCAAGUACUGAGUUUGUUUUCACUCUGCGUCUGGGGCUGGGUCUCCGGGCAGAUCCGCUACUCGGUGGUUGAGGAGUCGGAGGUGGGAACCAUGGUGGGGAACGUGGCCCGGGACCUGGGCUUGAAGGUGGAGGAGCUGCCGGGUCGCAGGCUGCGCCUAGGCUCAGAGGAGAGCCUGCGCCACUUUGCUGUGCGCCUGGACAGCGGCGCGCUGGUGGUGAGCCAGCAGCUGGACCGGGAGCGUCUGUGUGGAGCGGCUGCCAGCUGCGUGCUGUCGGUGCAGGUGGUGACAGAGAACCCCCUGCAGCUCUUCCGCCUGGAAGUGGAGAUCCUGGACCUGAACGACAACUCCCCGAGCUUCCCCACCUCUCACCGCACCCUGCGCAUCGCCGAGUCUGCCACAGUGGCUGCGCGCUUCCCCCUGGAGAGUGCGCAGGACCCUGAUGUGGGCACCAAUGCUGUGGGCUCCUACCGGCUGAGCCCCAACUCCCACUUCUCCCUGGACGUCAAGCAGCAGCAGGAUGGUAAACUCUUCCCGGAGCUGGUGCUGGAGCGUGCUCUGGACCGGGAAGAGCAGCCAGAACUGCAGCUGGUGCUGACGGCCAUGGAUGGGGGAAGCCCAGCCCGCUCGGGCACGGCGCAGAUAACGGUCCUGGUCCUAGAUGUCAAUGACAAUGCACCCACCUUUGACCACGCCACGUACAAGGUACAAGUCCCAGAAAACACGCCUGUGGGGGCCCUGCUCCUCCAGCUCAAUGCGUCUGACCCCGACGAGGGCCCCAAUGGGGAGACGCAGUACUCAUUCGGGGUUCAUACCUCUGACUCGGUCCGGAGGCUCUUUGCCCUGGAUCCCCACAGCGGUGAGGUCCGAGUGAGUGGUGCCCUAGACUUUGAGGAAUCACCUUUCUAUGAGAUUUAUGUGCGAGCCCAUGAUGGUGGGGUCCCAGAGAUGGAGGGUCACUGUGUGCUACACGUGGAAGUGGAGGAUGCCAACGACAACCCCCCAGAGGUGCUGCUCACCUCCCUGCUGAACCCAGUGCCAGAAGACACCCCACUGGAGACCGUUGUGGGGCUUUUCAACGUACGGGACCGAGACUCAGGGGCCAAUGGGUACGUGAGUUUGGAGAUCUCCCCUGAUGUGCCUUUCACCAUCAGGUCCCUUCAGAACCAUUUCUCCCUGGUCACCCGGGAAAGCCUGGACCGGGAGUCCACCUCACAGUACGUAGUGGAGCUGAUCGCCCAGGAUGGUGGGUCUCCCAUCCUCACCACAACACUCACGCUGCUCCUCAAUAUAUCUGACGUGAAUGACAACCCUCCACGCUUCUUGCAGCCCUCCUACGAUGCUUUCAUCCUGGAGAACAACCCACCUGGCUCCCUGCUGUGCACUGUCUCUGCCUCGGACCCUGACGAUGGGGAUAAUUCUCAUCUCGUUUACUCCAUAGAAAGUGGCCAAGUGCAGGGUGCCCCCACCUCUUCCUUUGUCCACAUCAACCCUGACAAUGGCAACCUCUAUGCUCAGCGGACCUUUGACUUCGAGCUGCUGCAGGUUCUGCCGGUCUCUGUGGCUGUGCGGGACUCGGGGUCUCCCCCGCUCCAUGCCAACGUUACUGUCUACAUCUUUGUGCUGGAUCAGAAUGACCACCCCCCCACCAUCCUGCACCCUGCCAGCGACACUGACAUCCCAGCACCCCAGAGGGUUCCGCUGUCUGCCCCACUGGGCUACCUGGUCACCAAGGUGACAGCAGUGGAUGCAGACGCCGGGCACAACGCCUGGCUCUCAUACCAACUGCUGCCGCAGUCCACUGACCCAUCCUUGUUCCAUGUGUCGCUGUACACCGGGGAGGUGCGGACAGUGCGUGCCCUCCGGGACACCGACGUGGCUACACAGCAGCUCGUUGUCCAGGUGUCGGACAAUGGAGACCCACCACUCUCCACCACUGUCACCAUCACCGUGACCCUGGAGGAGGUGGCCCUGGAGGAGAACUACAAGCCUCGGGAUUUCCUGGCUGGUGCCAAGGAGAAGCCGGACCUGACUCUCUACCUGAUCAUCGCGCUGGCAGCUGUCAGCACCGUAGCGCUUGCCACUGUCACCCUCCUGGCCGCCCGGUGCCUCCGGCGCAGAGGCCGUGCUGCCACCUCGCCCUGCUGCUGCUGCUGGCUCAGCGAGUCGCCCUCCCGGGACUUCUUCAAGCACUCCAGCCCCAAGCUCCAGCUCAGCUCCGACGGCACCCUUAAGUACAUGGAGGUCACCCUGCGACCCGCCGACUCCCAGUCCCAGUGCUACAGCACCUGCUUCUCCCCCGGCUCCGACCGGAGCGACUUCACCUUCCUGCGGCCUUGCCCGCCCCCCGCGACCCUACCGAGGGAAACGGGGGCUUUCCUCUCCGCUACCGGUACGCUGCGGGACCCCGGCCAGCAAGCUCAGCCUAACACAGACUGGCGCUUCUCUCAGACCCAGAGACCUGGAACAAGUGGCUCCCAGAAUGGAGAAGAAGGUGGAGCCUGGCCAAACAACCAGUUUGACACGGAGAUGCUCCAAGCCAUGAUCCUGGCUUCAGCAAAUGAAGCUGCUGACGGCAACUCGACCCUGGGCGGUGGGACGGGCACCAUGGGGCUGAGCGCCCGCUACGGCCCCCAGUUCACCCUGCAGCACGUCCCCGAUUACCGGCAGAACGUCUACAUCCCGGGCAGCACCGCCACCCUCACCAACGCCGCCAGCAAGCGCGAUGCCAAGAACGCCGCCUCCGCGGGAGGCAACAAGAAGAAAUCCGGGAAGAAGGAGAAGAAGUAGAGAAGAAGAAGGAGACCUUAGAGCUACAGGGCAGCCGGCUCCAGCACUCCCCCAAAACCACAGCCCAGGCCGGAGGACGAAUGUGCUUUUUAUUUUUUUUUGUGAUGCAAAAAGUAGGGAACGCUGCGAAUGUAUCUCGUCAUCAUCAGAGCUAGGAGCAGGGUCUCUCUGCUGUUAGAUCUCAUGAUGAAAACCAAUCCGGAAGCUAAACCGAACACAAACAAGUGCCCUGUGAAUACUUGCUAAUGUUUUAUACGAUCCCUCGGGUAUUAGAAUAUGCAAGGGUGGAAGGUCUUCUGCCACGUUUCUGGAUCCGAUUUGCUCCCAGAUGGUCCGAGAAAGGCACAAGGCUUGUGCUUUGCUUUGGCCAGUGUAAAUAAUUUUAACUCGGAUCUUUAAUUUAUAGACCUUCGAUCAUAUUUUGGAAAGGAAAAGGAAAUUCCUAGCUUAGAGCCCAUGAUCCAGAUCUUUGCUUUUAAACUUUCCAUUAGUAAAAUUCACCCCCAGUUAAUGAUAGCGAUGGGUUUGUUGCUGAGGAGUUGGUAGGGAGUGCUUCAGUUCCUGCUUACCUAUUACCUGGAAAAAAAUAAGUGUUUAUAUUGCAUGAGUCCAAGGGAAUAUGGCAAAGCUGCAUUCCUAAACAUUUUUUUUUUUUUAAAGUGCAACCACCAAUGGCCUGAAGUAUGAGAUGAAAAAAACAAACCCCACCCUCUGAUGUCUGAGAGGUAGGGAAUUCAAUGAGGAGCGUGCCGAGGUGUGCGGCAGCUGCCCCGGUGGUUCUAGGGGUCUCCGAAGAGCAGACACAUCUCAUCCCUUCUUUGCAGUAAAUAUUUAUAUGUACAGUCAAUGUUCUUCUGGAAUUAAAGCUAAGAGAGUCUUGCUCCCCUGAGGCCAGGCAGCCAUCUGGCCGAGCCCCCGCCAAGGGGACCGGGGGACGAUGCUUCACGUCUCUGCACACCGUGUCUGCAUGCACGUCCUUCACCUCACACCUGCACUAGCGCAGUUAGCUCCACGGACCCACAGAAGUCCUCGCAUGCCCACGCAGCGUGGUGUGAACACGCCGGCAGCCGCCCGAGCCUCCGUGCCGGGGCUGCCUUGGGAAGUCGGGGGGAGAAUUGGUCAAAUGGGAUGGGGAGACUCAUUGCUUCUUAUUUGGGGUGCAGACCCCAAUAUAAGGGGGUUAUGUGGGAUCUCGCUCAAAGGGGUGAGACCCACAGAGCUGCCGGCACCGUGGCUUUGGUGCUGAGUUGGUGACUGAGUAAGUGACCGUUGGUUUGGUAGCACCUGGGGACCAGACCGGGAGGAGGGACCCGAGAGCUGGGGGUGAGCGCGGGGUGAUGCUGCAAAGCCAGCGGGCCGGGGCGACAAGGGGGGUUCACCUGGGGGAGGUGAUGUUCCCACUAGCUUUGGGCUUUCCACCGCACGGAGGGGAUCGAAGGAUGAGGAAUAGAGUUUCUCCACAUGCCCAUCACCCUUGCACUGGGCCAGCUUCCCAUAUCAAAGCAGCUCUGAGCCCCCCAGGAGGCGGAGGGGGGGGUUGUGUACCCAGAGGGAGGAGGGGGGCUGUGGGUGGCCAGGAAGGGGCUGCACCGGCUUUCCCUGGGGGUGCGUGUGUUGUUUUUUUCCCCUUUUUAAUCACUAACACGUAACUCACUGAGCAGACCCAGCCCUCUCGGCCAGGCUCUGGCACGGCAGCGGUCACCCCACCGCCACCCCCUCCCCAAACCCAGGGCAGCAGGAGCAUACACCACAUUUCAUCCGGAUCCGGAUACCUCCGGCGCUGGCUGCACUGGGAGCGGUUCCCACCCUGUCCCCUGCAGCUGCCACCUGCCCCCCCUUCUAGAAAUGCCGUAGCUGAAUCAUAGUCUUUAUAUUUCUUUUUAAUCUGCAAUCUGAGGUAGCGUAGUGAGUGUUGUGUAUUUAGUGGCGUGUUAUUUUUAAUCUCGGUAACUAACUUGUGGACACCAGUAUUCUCAAUUUUUCUCUGUAUCUUAUUUCCAUGUGGUCUGUGCUCUGAGUGUACGUGAAAUGAAACACGUUUGCCCUUUCAAUGUGUCUAAUAUUGGAUUAUACUUAUAUAUUAUAUAUAUGCUUAUAUCCUUCUUAUACCCAUAUAGACCAAUGUCAAUGUGUUACACGCAAGUUUUAUACUCUAAUAUUUAUAUUGCUUUUUUUCUUUGGGAAAAAAAAAUAAUAAAAUGGUUUCUUCUGAAUAAA